AUGCGCAUAAAGUACCGCGAGUACGGAGUACAUGGUCGGUCAUCACUGGGAAGUGGCCGGUUCCGAAAGCGAGCAUGCACGGCCCGGAGACGGAGGCGGGAACAAGGACAUGCAUCGCUCCGAGACACGGUGUAUCAUCAAGGUCAUGGUCCUGUUGAUGGUCGUCGUGGGACUAAGAAAAUGGGGAGCCGGUGUACCGGUGACCAGGGCAGUGUAGUUACCUACUGUACAUCACCCAGGGCCCGCGCCUCAAUCGACCAUGUCGACCAGGGAUCAACAGCAGCGAGUGAUAAGACGCGCGAACAGGACUGGACGAUCGAGGCCGUUCAGAACUUCAGGUUGGGCUGGGAACAGGAUCAGUGGUCCGGGGGUUCGUUUCAGCAACCACAACCUCCAGUCGUCAUCAUCCCUACAUCACCAUACAUCGUAUAUCCGGCACCACCACCAACCAUCACCAACACCACUCCUAAUGGUGACCCAUGCUAG